AUGCACCAUUUAUUUGAUAAACUAAACAGAUAUUUUAACUCAAAUUAAUUCAUUAAUUUUAAUAGAGUUUGGAAUUAAUGUUCAAAAAGGGAGAAACUAUUUGUGUUGAAAACAUAUAAGUAAAAAAGGAGUUGAAAUUGGUGAAGGUGGAUUUGGAACUGUUUUUCAAGGUGAAAUAGCAGCUGGCCAUGUUGUGUUGUUGCUUUAAAAUGGCAAAAGUCAAUAAGUGAUCACGAAAGAAAAAUAUUGUAAGCACUUAAAGGAAAAAAAUUUGAUCAUGUAAUUUAAGUGUUUGCUUUUGAAGAAAAGAUAGAUGGAGUUUUCAUCAUUAUGGAACUUGGACAAAGUACUGAGAAAAAAGCCUGCCUAAUAAACAAAAGACAUGUUUGCAAGUAAACAAAAUUAUAUAAUUUAAAUGGCCUAAGGUGUUUCUGAAUUACAUAAAUUAGGAUUUUUUCCAUAGAGAUUUAAAACUAAAAAAUUUUGUAAAAGGAAAAGAUAAUAAAAUCAAGUUGAUAGAUUUUGGAAUCGCCAAAACUAUUGCAGAGGAAGCUCAAACCAAAGGAAUAGGAACCAUAGUAUAUAUGGCACCUGAAGUCUUGAUCACCUCUGAUUAUGAUUCCUCCGUUGAUAUAGGGUCUUUGGGUCUGAUCUUUUAUGAAAUACUUACAAACAAAACAUUUUUUGAACAAAAUGACAGCUAUUACCAAAUAAUAAAACAACGCAUCUAGUUGUAUGUUGGGUUGCUGGUACCCUCUCCGGAUUGGUGAGUCGAUUAAAAUUCCAAAAUAG